CCCGUGCGACUGAAGCUGACUUCGGCGGCUCCACCGAAUCUGUGCUAGUGAUAUUUGGUCAGCUAAAGGCAACUCGACGACAUUGCAUGAGCGACAGCAUGACUCUUCAUAUUACAUGGGUAGCCAGGACAUCUAGAGCUUUCAGAAGCUUAGAACACGGAGGAGAUAGAGCAUAAAGGCCAGUCCUACUACAGAAGUAGCGCACCACGACCUUACCUACCAAAUUCCACCAUGGCCUCGCGUCGCGCGUUCCUCUGCUCGAAGUCACUUGUCAGACCAACACGAGGCUCACAGAUUCGAUCCUUUACGAGUACGCCUUUGCUAGCACGCGGGACACCCAGUACUACAGCUUCGCCUGUACGUGAAAACAAGGGGAUUCAUCCGGACGAGCUUGAACAGCUUCUCGCAGAACCGACAUGGUCCGUCGAAUCCCUCCUACCACCGAAAACCCACGCUCCCGAUGCUCCACGAAUUGCGUCUCAGCAACUACAUCACCUACUUCGACUAUCCGCUCUCCCCCCGCCUGAGACUUCCCAACAAGAGCAGAAAAUGCUGAACACAUUGGCAGCACAGUUGCAUUUCGUAGGCAACAUACAGCAGGUCGACACAACAGGCGUAAAACCACUACGAGCAAUACGCGAUGAGACAGUAGCAGCGGAAGAGGAGCAGACGAUUACAUUGGGGACCCUCAAGCAGGCGCUGAGCAAAGAGAAGGUCAUCGGGCACCACUAUAAGCGUAUACAAAGGGACCCUACGCCAGUGGACGCGAAAGAUGCUGAAGAUUGGAAUGUCUUGGGCGCGGCAGAGCGAAAGGCAGGGAAGUACUUCGUUGUAGAGAGCGAGCGGCCGCAGGAAUGAGCGCCCAACGCAGGCCCAUUGCACGUCGAGCAAACCGUACAUUGGAGGUUUUGGAUCAAGCAAUGUGAGUAGAAGAUUUUUGCAUCAUACUAUUGCAUAGAAUACGAAUGAAGCUGGCCGCUUGUUCAAAAACAAACUCUUACGCCAACGCCAAAGAUAAAGUAUAGGCCGUGGCC